AUGCCUCGAAAUUUAAUCAAUAGAAACAGAGUUCUCUGUUUUGUCUUAAUCUUAUGUUGUUCCCCUCGCCGGUUUUUAGCCAGAAACUUACCGGAGGAGGUGGAGGAGUCAACUGCAAAAACGACUCAAACGAUCCACGUCAGCAACUCCACGUGGCAUGAUUUCUCUCGUCUCGUAGACGUCCAGAAAGGCAGCCACGUAAGCGGCGUAUCUGACCUCAAAAGAUACCUUCACAGAUUCGGCUACGUCGGAGACGACGACGACGGUAACAAUUUCUCCGACGUCUUCGAUGGCCGUCUCGAAUCAGCAAUCUCACUGUACCAGAAAAAUCUCGGUUUACCGAUAACCGGAAGACUCGACACGAGUACCGUCACUCUCAUGUCGUCACCGCGAUGCGGCGUAAGCGACACACACAUGUUCAACUCCGGUGUCCGUACAACGGCGCAUUAUACUUAUUUCGGCGGUAAACCGAAGUGGAACCGGGACACGCUAACUUACGCCUUCUCGAAAACACACAAACUCGACUACUUGACGUCCGACGACGUCAAAACCGUUUUCCGGCGAGCUUUCGCGAAGUGGUCGAAUGUGAUUCCGGUGAGUUUCGAGGAGGUUGACGAUUACACGACGGCGGAUUUAAAGAUCGGAUUUUUCGCCGGAGAUCACGGCGACGGUCAGCCGUUUGACGGUGUUUUAGGGACUUUAGCACACGCUUUUGCGCCGGAGAACGGGAGGCUUCACUUCGACGCGGCGGAGAUAUGGGUCGUCGGAGAUGAUUUCAAGGGUAAAGGAUCGUCGGUUGCGGUUGAUUUGGAGUCGGUGGCGACUCACGAGAUUGGUCACUUGUUGGGUUUAGGACAUAGCUCGGAGGAGUCUGCGGUUAUGUAUCCGAGUCUCCGACCAAGGACCAAGAAAGUUGACCUCACGGUUGAUGACGUGGCAGGUGUACUGAAACUGUAUGGUGCGAACCCAAAGCUAACGUUGAAUUCACUUACCGGUACGGAAUAUUCUCUUAAAAACGGCGCCGUAUCAAGGAGAUUCUUGUCGGGGAAUUUUACCGGUUUUUAUGCUCUGUUGGUUGUUUUCAGUCUAUUUCUAUAG